UUGAAUGCGAAUUGUCGCAUUGGGAGAAAAUGGAUGAGAGUGCGACAAAUAUGUUUCGACUCGGCGGUGGUGAAGUCGAGCGGAGAUAAGCCCCGAUUCAUUGCUCGGGAUGAGUUCAACUACCGAUAGGGAUUCGAUCAACGCAAGCUUACUUGGGAAAAAGACAUCUCAACAUUGGAUCCACGACUUUGUGUAGAUCUUGAUUCAUUGAACUGUAGAAGAGGACGACAGUAAUCAAAGUUCUCCCAGCUAUGUGCCAAAAUUGGCACCAAAAGAUCGGUUGUCAAGCUCUGUUUCCACAGUAAGAAGACAAGGAAGACGAAGAACGGAGACCGUCCAAGAACGCGAAAGAGUCCUUUGACAGUUCGAUGGUGUUUGAUUCAGUUAGUUGGGGAACAUUGAUUCAACAAUAACUGUUGGUUCAAUGAUUCUUAUUAUUCGAAAAAGUUUCCUUGCUCAAAUUUUUUUCUCUUAUAAAGAGGAUUUCAUACUUGCAAUGCACUCAUACUGAGGAUAGAAGAGGAGAGGAGGAGAGAGAUGACGCUGAAGGUGUACGGUCAUCGGCUGUCGCAGCCGUCGCGGGCGAUUAUAAUCUUCUGCAAGGUCAACGGUAUUGACUUCGAGGAGGUGACGAUUGAUUUCACGACGGGCAAGCAUCGUUUGCCCGAUUUCAAAGAGAUAAACCCAAUGGCAGAAGUUCCAGCAAUUGUUCAUGGAGAUUUAAAGCUCUUUGAGAGUCAUGCUAUUUUGUGCUAUCUUGCUAGUGCAUUUCCAGGAGUUCCGGACGGCUGGUAUCCUGCUGAUAUCAUCUCAAGAGCAAAAAUACAGUCCAUUUUGGAUUGGCACCAUUCCAACCUACGCCGUGGUGCAUUGAACUACUGUAUCAACAGUGCACUGGGACCUGUACGCAGUCUUCCAUUAAAUCCACAAGCAGCAAUUGAAGAUGAGAAAAUUUUAAGUGCGUCCCUUUCAAAGUUAGAGACUGUAUGGCUUAAAGGAGAUGCAAAAUUUUUACUGGGAAACCUCCAGCCAUCUGUUGCGGAUCUCAGUCUUGCCUGUGAGAUUAUGCAACUUGAGGUUGUGGAUGAGAAAGAUCGCGAGAGAAUAUUGGGGCCUCACCCGAAGAUAUUGGAAUGGAUCGACAAUGUAAAGUCUGCUACCAGUCCUCAUUUUGAGGAAGUCCAUGAGCAUCUGCAGGAAGUCAAGGCAAGAAUAGCAUUAUUGAAGUCAGCCUGAAAUCCAACCGGAAACCUUUAAUCCGAUAGAACAGGUGAUCUGAUGCAGCAGUUUAUAUGUAGUAGCUUGCAGUGAUUGUAAUAUAGCACUGAAAUAAUGUGCCCUGUGUGCGUGUUUAUUUUGGGUCUUUGUGGUGUAUUAAGAACAGUUCUUGAAGUUUUCCUAUGUGUCAAACCUUCUAAAUUAAUGAUUAAAACAACUAUUGUAUUUGCA